CCCAGCUCCUGCCUCAACACUCAGACGUCUGCUGACCUGGGCCAAUUCAGCCAUGGGCUGGGUGCUGCGGGGAGUCCUGUUCACAUGGGUGUUGAUGGCUCAGGCGAGGGGGGCUGAGCAUUCCCAGGAGCUGUCCUUGGCAGGGUUUCCAGACUGCAAGAAAGCCCUGAAUCUCCCGAGUCUGGAAGUCCUGCCAGGUGGGGGCUGGGAUAACCUCAGGAAUUUGGAUAUGGGCAGAGUCAUCAGCCUAAGCUACUCACUGUGCAAGACCACAGAAGAUGGAUCUUACAUCAUCCCAGAUGAGAUCUUCACUAUCCCCCGCAAGCAGAGCAACCUGGACACCAACUCUGAGCUCAUCGAGUCCUGGAAAGAUUAUCAAAGCAUCACCUCUGCCUCCAUCAACCUGGAGCUGUCUCUCUUCUCCUUCAUCAAUGGCAAGUUCUCCUACGGCUUCCAGCGGACCAAGACCCACCAAGUGAAGGACCACGCUGUCACCACCCGAGUGCAAGUCAGGAACCUGGUCUACACUGCCAAGAUUGACCCAGGGGCAGCCCUGGACAAAGGCUUCAAGAAGCAGCUGCUGACCAUCGCCAGCCACCUGGAGAACAACCAGACGCGGAUGGCCGAUUUCCUGGCUGAGAUGCUGGUGCUCAACUAUGGAACCCACACCGUCACCUCUGUGGAUGCUGGAGCCAGCUUGGUGCAGGAGGAUCAGAUCAAGGCGACCUUCCUGAAGGACAGCUUGGCCAUGCGGAGUGCUGUCACCGCCUCAGCCAGCGUGGCCUUCCACAGCAUCAUCGGUGUGAAAGUUGGAGAGUCCCUGGACGUUGGCUCUGGACUCACCAAGCAGUAUCUGGAGAACCGCACCAACUCCAGGGUGCAGAGCAUCGGCGGCUCCCCCUUUUACCCGGGCAUCACCCUCAAGACUUGGCAGGAGGGGAUCAGAAACCAGCUUGUGGCUCUUGACCGCUCAGGGCUGCCCUUGUACUUCUUCAUCAACCCCAGCACUCUGCCAGAGCUGCCCACCCCCACCGUGAAGAAGCUGGCCAGACGGGUGGAGAUGGCCGUGCGCCGCUACUACACCUUCAACACCUACCCAGGCUGCACCGACGCCACCUCGCCCAACUUCAACUUCCAUGCCAACGCCGACGAUGGCUCCUGCAAGGGUUCCAUGACCAACUUCACCUUUGGGGGAGUUUUUCAGCAGUGUGUGGGGCUGGCUGGCCCUGACACCAACACACUGUGCCGGGAGUUGGAGCAGAGGAACCCCCUCACUGGGGCCUUUUCCUGCCCCACUAACUACACUCCGGUACUGCUGGGUGUGCAGGAGCGGGAGGAAGGUCACAGCCAUCUGGACUGCCACAACAAAUGCAUCCUGGGCAUCUUCUGCCACCGCAAGUGCCAGGACAUCUUCCAGCUCUCCCGAGUGCAAUUCAGCGCCUACUGGUGCGCCACAAGCAGGUCAGUGGCCCCAAGGCCUGGGUACCUUUUUGGGGGUCUGUUCAGCACUCGCAGUGCCAACUACAUCACAGGUGCCCAGUCUUGCCCCUCGACGUACUUCCCGCUGAAGCUCUUUGACGAGCUCAAGGUGUGUGUGAGCCAGGAUUACGAAGCGGGUGGACCGUAUGCAGUGCCCUUUGGGGGCUUCUUCAGCUGCCAGGCAGGGAACCCCUUGGUGGAGAAGAAUCAGGGCACCACUGAGGCCCCCCAUACCAAGAGCUGCCCCCCAGGCUUCAGUCAACACUUGGCACUCAUCAGCGACAGUUGUCAGGUGGAGUACUGUGUCCAGGCUGGCAUCUUCACACAGGGGUCACUGCCACCUGCCCGCCUGCCACCCUUCACUCGACCCCCCACCAACCUGCCAGCCAUUGACACCGUGUUGGUAAGCAGUGGGGAUGGGGACAGUGCCUGGGUCAGGGAUGAGCAGAGCCACAUGUGGCGCCUUGCCCAGCCAGAAGAGAUCCAACACACGGCAGAGAUGAUGAGGAGCCGGGGGCUGACAGGGGGCGAGGUGGCUGGUGUCACUGCAGCAGUCCUGGCAGGGCUGGCCACCAUCCUGGCGACUGUCUGCUACAGCCGCCGGAGGUAUAAGGCAAGGGGGUACCGCAUGAUGGAUGAAAGGCAUGGACCAGCAGCUGCCUGCCCUGAAGCCAACAAUGUGCCAAGUGUGGGACAGGGCUACCAGCAAGAAACAGAGGGCCUGCUGGCAUAAGCAUCUGUCCCUCACCACUUGCCAGGCAAGGCUUUGUGCCUGAAACCCAGCAAAGCCCACUGCCCGCCCUCCUUCCCACAGGUAAAGCUGCACAGUGCCACCAGCCCCCUGUCCUUCACUUCAUGAAGCUGCCCACAGAAAACCCAGGCUGACAUCCUACAGGAAAUGACAAUGCUUUUACCCUCCACCAGACCCCCAAGCUCCAGCCUCAGCCAUCUGGGAGGCUCCAUGAACCUUCAGACGUUCCUCUCCAGCUGAUCUUGAAGGCCAGCUCCCAGGGCCAAUUUGUCAUCAGUGCCCACUAUGAUUAUCCCUCUGCCAGCUCCUGCACCUCCAUGGCUACAUCUCCACUGAGAUUGGGCCCCACAGAAAGGCGUGCAAGGUCAGCCACCAGUUUCUGCUCACUACGCCUGGCAGUCAACCCUUCCCUGUGUGUAUCUAUCAGGAUACAGAAGCACAGAUCACUUUUAUUUCAGCCAGCUGCUAACUGUGUGUGCAAGAUGGCAUUAAAAAAGAAGCAAAAUACUGUGAAAA